CUCGAAGGCUUGGGGAAAACUUCAGCCUUUUCCACCCUGGAAGGAGUCACUAGUGGCUUUAAAUUCACACCAACGUUUUUCGAAAUGGAUGAUCGAGUGAAUCCUUUGGAAAGAAAUCACUCUCUGUUUGUGGUUCUCCCAGGGGGGGUGGAGAAGAACGCCACUGUUCAUGGAAGUAAACCUGUGAUGGACCUGUUGGUGACUCUGUGUGCUGGUUACCACCUCAAUCCCUCUGACUACACGGUGGAGUUUCUGUCCACCAACAAGAACAGCAUCAGCUUCAAGCCGAAUUCCCCCAUUGGUCUGCUGGAGGCCGAGAAGAUGGUGCUGAAGCCCAAAGCGACAGAGGAGAAAACCAAGAGACCGUACGUGCCUGAGGCAACAGUCCGUCUGUUGAUCAACUACAAGAAGUCCCACAAGACGGUGGUGCGAGUCAACCCCAACCUGCCUCUGGAGACGCUGCUUCCAGCUGUGUGUGACAAGUGCGAGUUUCACGUGGAAACGACCGUCCUGCUCAGAGACUCUCAGUCCAACGAGACACUGGACCUGAGGCGGAGCUUAAACGAUCACGGCCUGAGGGAGCUGUUCGCUAAGGACACGGCCUUAAAGGACCCCACCGUCCCAUACCGUCUGAGGCUGGUAUGUCAUAAGAGACACACAAGGGGUUCACUUUUAAUCCUUUGAUCUGCUUUCAGUUCUCUGUGAAUGUCACAUUUGGUCUGAUGCCUUUAGAAAAAUUCAGUUUGGUUGUAAACCAGGAAAAAAUUAUGAAAAAAGGAAAACGCGACAAAAAACUGGACAUUUUUUAAAUCUUUUUCCAACCGAUCGAUAGUCAAGGAGCUGCUGUAAUUAGUGCUGACAUGCGAUUCAUUUUUCUAGGGAUUAACUAUGACCUGUGAAUGAAUAAUCUAUUUUAACCUAAUAAUUGCUGUGAAAAGCCUUAUUUUGAGGUGUUUUCAGUUAAAUGAGUGACAUUGUGACGAAAAAAAAGAUAGAAAUACAACUAAAAAGCGGCUUUAUAACAUUUUUUUUUCUUUACUAUAACAGACCUCCAACCUUUUCUUUUUCUCCACCACGAGCCUCCAUGGGCCCGGUCCACCCAAAAACCUACAGCACCCGUAUGGGUGUCUUCUGACUGGACACGUGUGCUUCGCUUUAAAUGAACCAGAGUUCGUUUCCCCCAAUAAUCCGUGUGGCCGCUUGGAGGUGGUCUCUGUUAGUUUCCAAUCGGACUCAGCUUCGCUUAGCUCUGAGAUUCCUUCUAGAGAGGGCACUUCUGCUCGCUUACAAACUCAGAAGUUUUUGUUUUUUAGCCGGUCAAAAAAAAAAAAGGGGAGAAAUCAAAACGCGAGAGUGCUACAAAUCUAUCUUCUGUAAUCACUUUUUUUUCCCUCCUUUACAAUCUUUUUUUUUUGUGCAAACACAAAAUUGAUUGUGAAAGUGGGAACAUAAAGUCUCUCUUGAGGAUUAUCUGAGACCCACUCUGAUGGAAAUGAAGUUUUUUUGGUAUUUUUAACAUGUUCUUGUGGCCUUUUUCUCAUGAUGGACUUGUAUGAAUAAAAUGAGGCUUAAAAUUGCAUAUAUUCAAAUCAGUGUGAAUCAGGAGCAGAAAAAAAGGUGCCAUUUGAGAAAAGAUUGUACUUGUGACGUAGAAAACACGGCGGGCGGAGCCGCAAGCUUGACGGCAGUCUGCAUGCAGACCAAAUGCAAGGUUCAGGACUCUGUCCGGACCAAAGGAUUUUUCCCGUCUGAAUGCACCCUAAGAUUUCAUCCCCGUGUUUACAGAGAGGAGAGCUUGUUUCAGCUGCUUUAUUGUUUAUCGUCAGAACACAAAUUUCCACCUUUCUCUCUGCAGCAAAUUGCUGCAUUUACCGUACAGACACCCCCUGAAUCUGCAGUUUGACCUCUUUCUGAGAAAAACAAACGUAGAUCUUCCUGAAAUACUUCUAACCCAGAAUUCAUUUGGCUCUAAAACGUUCUUCAUUACACGGAAAUCUAUUAGAUUUUACCACCAGUCCAUCAACUGAACUCUUAAAAAGUUGCUUUAAUGAGACCUCUGGGAUCUUUCCUCCCUACAUGCAUCUUUGAGUCGGUGGGUUUUGUGUUAACACCCUGCAGCAAUCAGAGCUGCUGUUAAUAUCAUGUUAACAGCAGCUCUGAUUGGUUUAAAUCCAUUUUAGAGCAAAGUCGGACCAGUUUCUGAACGUUUUUUGUAGUUGGUGCGGCUGUCGAACCUGCAGAGGUCACCUCACCUCCUCCGCUAUCCGCUUGUCUGUACACGCUUUGCUGAUAAUUGUCUCCUAGACCUCC